CCAUUGUCACAGGGUCGAGAAGGCUUAAAUUCUCUCCACAAUUUUCUAAAUAAAAAAGUUGAAGCACAAUGAAUCCCAAUGGAAAGCAUGUGAUUGUUCGUGAAGUUUGGGCUUCAAAUUUACGUAAUGAGUUGUCUUUGAUACAAGCUGUUGUACCUAGCUGCUCUUUUGUCUCCUUUGACACUGAGUUUCCUGGUACCCUAUUCACUCCCAAUGUUGAUAAGGCCUCUUACUUGAAGUUGUCUCCUUCAGCUAAUUACAAUAUAAUGAAGGCCAAUGUCGAUGUUUUAAACAUCAUCCAAUUAGGUCUUACCCUAUCUGAUUCUAAUGGGAAUCUACCUCAAUUUGGAACUCAUAAUGGACAUGUUUGGCAAUUCAAUUUCUGCGACUUUGAUGUUGAACGGGAUCAACAUAAUGCUGAGUCCAUUCUACUAUUGGAGAAACAAGGGAUUGAUUUCUCGAAAAACAAGAAACAGGGCAUUACAUCUCGGGUUUUUCGUACUUUUGUCUUGAGAUCUGGAUUAUUGUUCAAUUCUCACCUCACAUGGAUCACAUUCCACAGUUCUUAUGAUUUUGGGUUCCUAAUCAAACUUCUAAUCAGGGAACAAUUGCCUCCUAAUAUUCACUUAUUUAGACAAUUGAUGGCUCAUUUCUUUGGACCCAAAAUUUAUGACAUGAAACAUAUAAUUAAGUUCUGCAAUGGUUUAUAUGGUGGCCUAGAAAGAGUAGCUAAGACAUUGAAUGUGGAUCGUGUAGUUGGGAAGAAUCAUCAAGCCGGGUCUGAUAGCUUACUAACUCUACAAACGUUUAUGAAGCUGAAGGAUAUUUAUUUUAGUGGAAAUUCUAAGCUUGAAGCGUUUCAAGGGAUUCUCUAUAGUUUUGAAGUCAAUGAUAUACUACCAAUUACUUCAAAGCCUGAAGAUUCACUAUUGUGCCUUCCGAUGCCAGCAUAUCUUGAUCUCAUCCAUUAG